UACACGAGUUACCCCGAACACUCAUCGGUGGCCAAAACAUAUCCUCUCGUUAGUCGUUACCUUCUACAAAACAAAAACCAAUUAAACCUAAAACCUAAUUUUGUCAAUUUCCAUGGAUACUCUGUCAACCUCUGUUUCCACCCUCAAAGUCCCUUCACUCCCAUCAACCUUAACACACCGUGAAUUCUAUCACUUCAAAACAAUCCCCACUCGUCCACAACCACAACCACAUCAUGUCUUCUCCACUUCCACCCCCAAAACCAAAACCAAAACCAAAACUUUCUCCCACAAAUCUUCACCUUCUCUGCAACUCACCCCUUCACCUCCCAAACCCAAACCCUCUUCUCCGACUCUCCAUCCAAAUCCCGCCACUGGGUAUGCGGCGGCUCUCGUGGACGUGGCCCACAAAACCAAUUCCCUUCACGCGGUUCACGCCGACGUUCAGAGGCUCCUCAAAUUGCUGCAAAAGGGUCCCACUUUUGCGGUUGAGGGGGGGAACUUUCACAGGCACGUGGUGGCUCUGCUGAGGAUGGUGGCGAAGAAGAAGAAGGUGGGGAUUGUGAGGGAGGUGCUGGAAGAGUUCGAGAGGAUCUACGACGACCUUUGCGGAACUCAAAUGGUGUUGGUUUCGUCGGAGAGGAAGAUGGGAGAAGAUGAACUCUUUGGGAUUGCAAAGACUGUGCAUCACUUGAGUGGGGCUGUGAGGGUUAAGGUUAGGAAUUUGGUGAAAGAGAGGGUGCCCUCUUUUGUUCCUCUGUGAAAUGCUCAUGAAAUCAAAUUCACAAAUUCUUCCUUUUACUUUUUAUCAAUAAAAGUUGGAAUUAGAUUAUA